AUGGCAAAUAUUAAUAUAUUAUGUGGCAAUAUACCAUUUAUUGUUGGAUCUUACUACUGGUCCAUUAGUAAUUCUAAUUACAGUGAAGCCAAAGUUGAUGACCCAUAUGCAUAUGAAAUAUGUAAAUCAUCAUAUAAACUAGAUGGAAAACCGAAAUCUAUAGCUGUAUUUGAUUGUAAUUACAAUAUUAGUCAGAUGAAUGAACUUACCACCUUGUAUAACUCAAGCUCUUGCUUGAAAAGUCAGAUACCUUAUACAAACUCACUUUCUGGGAGCGAUAUAGUAAGAAAUUUACAAAACGUACUUUGGGAUAACGAAGUUUCUAUGAUUAACCAAAUAUGUAAGAGAAGUACGAGUUCUAUAUUCUCCCGAAAUAUAUUUGAGAGUAUAUUUGCAAAUAAAAAUAUAUACAAGCUUGAGCUAAAGUACAAAGCUAAUGACAGUAAUAGCGUCAAAACUAUUGAUUCAGAGAAUGCUUUAGAACAAACUAUUAAUAAUUAUUAUCUUUCAGAUAUAAACAAUGCUGACAAUAUAAGUUAUAAUCCCAGUACUCUUAAAGAUAUUAUUCGACAUGAACUUGAAAGUUCUGACUCAACUCGAUAUAUCCACUUAAUUAAUGAAUUAAAUGACUUAUAUGGGCACAUUUCAACUGAUAUUCUGGAAUAUAUUACUGAUGAAGUACCAAAUGUACCGAAGUUCUCUAUGACUUUUCUUAGAAGUUGUAGAGACAUAGUUAAACACUCAACUCAUUCUUUAAUUUGGGGUAUGGUAACAGCAAAGGGCCUACUAGAUCAUUGUUCUUAUAUAGACAGUAUUUGGCUCUCUAAUUUUAAAUAUCUGGAGUCAAUUUGUUCUGAUAAUCAGUUUUUUAACAAUCCAUAUAUCCUUUCAGCUAUUGUUUAUGAUCAGUUGACUUUUCCAAUUAGAUCAAUAUCUGCCUACAACAAUAUUAAUUCAAAGUUUAUUGAUUCAUAUUAUCAUCCAUUUAGGAAUUUGUAUUUACAACCUAUUCUGCCUAUAUUAGCUACACAAGAGUUAAAUUCUAGAAAAAAUCUAAGCUUUGUAUACGAGAAGUCUUUAGCACCAGGGACACUUAUUAACUUUUGUGAAUGGGGUGAUUUGAGACAACCAACUUCUUUGAUUCAGUGGUCAAUUUUUCGUGGAGUUGAGCCAGAUCAAAAACUUAUGAGAUUAAUUGAGAGUAUAUUAUCAUGUAGUAUUACAUCUAGAAAAUUAGUUUAUCCUUCAAAACUGAAGCUUCCAUUUAUAAAUAAGAUAUAUUCACCUUUUUUUAGUUCUAUCAGUACAAUGCACAGUCUUAAAAAUUUUGGUGUACUUCAAAACAUCAUUAACCUAGCUGUUAAGUGCAAAGAAGAUACUAAAUCAUUAAGUUUGCUUCAAUACCACUUCUCACUUGAGAAGGAUGAGAUAUACAAUGUUGUCAAUAAUAUAAUGCAAUGGAGUGAAUAA